GGGCGACACGACUCACAAAAUAAACUACAUUUAUGCCUGAAAGUUCCCAAGCAGAAAGCUCCAAAGCGGCAAGUUCUACAGCAAAAUCGACGCGAUCGCGCGGUGCCGGUCGCGAUACUGAUCGCUUUCUUGAGCAAAUGCUGUACGGUCCAGGCGUGGGUAUGAUGGAUCUAGACGAUCUCGAGGAAGCAUUCAAAGACCAUGAAGGCAAAGGCAAAGGGGUUGGCGGUGUCGACGACGACAAUGAAGACGACAAUGUAUAUAUACCAGAAGAAGACGAGGAAGAAGAAGACUGGGCAGAAAAUGUCGAAGAAGAUACUGAAAUUACUCAACUGCUGGACAGUACAAAAACGAAACGUACGGAAUUAAAAACGGGUGGUCUAGACGAAAUCGCACGAGACUUUGAAGAGUUUGAAGACAACCUCAUUACGACGACGGGUAUCGGCAAAACACGACACGGUAAUAAGCGUCGAAUCACGAGCGGCGAAGCGCGCUUACCACCAGAAGUCAAAGAAAUGCUUGGUCAGGCGAAUCAGCUGUAUAUCUCUCAGGAUUUUGGCAAAGCUAUCGACUUUUUGCAAAACCUUAUCACAAAGCAUCCGAAUGUCUAUCAAGCAUGGAACACGCUGGGUCUCGUGCAUGAAGAAAUGGGCCAUCGCGACAAGUCACUGCAAUUGCGAAUGGUGGCAGCACAUAUGAAUCAAAACGACGCGAUCCUAUGGAAGGAACUCGGUGUAAAAUCCAUUGAAGCCGGUGCCACUCAACAGGCCAUCUACUGUUUUUCUAAAGCUUUGGUUGUUGAUCCAACGGACGUCGACGCACUUUGGGACCGCAGUUUUCUUUACAGAAAAACAGACCAUGUCGAAGAAGCGAUCGAUGGCUUUGAGCAAAUCCUCAAGAUCACGCCGCAUCAUUUCAAGGUGAUUAACGAACUGGUGCCAUUGUAUCGAAACAAAGGCAUGAUCAAAGAGUCGAUCGAGUUAUAUGAAAACGCAGUCAAGUAUCACAUGGAACACGAUACAGAUGAAGAAGAACGACAGCGACAACAGGAACAAGAAGACGACGACGAUUUCAACGAUCGACUUGGAUACACUGAAGUCAACAUGUUGAGUGAAUUAUACCUGAUGCACAACGAUUAUCGACGUGCCCUCGAAACAAUCAAGUCGGGUAUCCGCUACGUACAGCAUCGACAAUAUGAAACUUACUGGGAUGCCUAUGGUGAUAAUGACGAAGAAUAUUUCGAGGAUUCCGAACAUGAGGAACGGUCUGAUUUCCCUAUUGAGUUACGCGUUCGCAUGGGUGUAUGUCGUGUCUAUCUUGGUGAUGUCAGGACAGCCGGCAGACAUUUUCAGUAUCUGCUGAAAUACCCAGCAACGACUUAUCCGGAUUUGCAUCAAGAUAUCGCCUAUGCUUACAUGGAUAAGCGACAUUACGACCCGGCUCUUAGCGUUUUCCAAAAGAUCAUCGAUGUUUCAGAGGAAGUCGACGUUGAUUUAUUGAUUCGAACUGCCGAUUGUUAUCAUCAAGUUGGCGAACUUGAAACAGCUGCUUUAUUCUAUGCUAAUGUUCUGGAAGAACAUCCCGAUAAUCUUGAUGUUAUGUUGUCCUUGGCAUCUGUAUACGAAGAACAGCAAAAAGAAGAGGCUGCGUUAGAGCUCGUCGAUUAUGUGAUGCAGAGAAACAGAGAUACGCGACGCAAGAAAAAACAGGAAGAACAGGCGAGAAAAGCUGAGGAAGAAAAAGAAGCAGCUAAAACAGACACGAAGAAAGGCGGCUCUAAAAAGGGGAAAGCAUCCAUCUUUGAUGAAGCGAAUAAGCCUAUUAGCCGUUUCGAACGUUACAAACGAAGGCGUAUCGAGUUUGCACGACAAGAGGAAGAAAGGAAUCGAAACGCGCUCGCAUUAUUUGCAAAGGUUGCAGAGCUGGAUAAGUCCAUCCCACCGAAUGUCGUCGAUACGGAAAAGGCUGUCAUGCGUGAAUACAUCCAUGUUGCUCAGGAGCUUUAUCGCGAAUUCUCUCAAACCACGGCAUUUUAUCCUAGUGAUCGGUCUCGCCGUUUCACUGGAUUUUUCAAUCGAAAGAAUAAGACAGACAAGCGAUCUUUGGAUCGUGAAGCUCAUCAAAUGGCUAGACGUCUGCGUACUCUAGUUGAUAAACCGGCACAUCAAAAUGAGGAUGGUGAAUCUGAUGAAGAAGAAGAGCGUAUCAAGGACGAAGAAGAACGUGAUGAACAAUUACGUGCUGCAAGUAUGUACCGUGGCGCUUCUUUCGAUGUAUGGUGCGAUUUGUUUAUCAAGUUUGGCUACAUGCUUGCUGUAACGCGGCAAGCUGAAGCUUCAUAUGAUAUGCUGAAAAGAGUAAGCGAAGCCAACGUAUUCUACCACGAUUCAAAUAAAAUCAAGUCUCUGAAAUUAGCUCUGCUCGGAUGCGCGCUCAUCAAUGAUAAUGAUGCCAUCAGAUAUGAAACACAACGCUGGUUCAUCACUAACAACAGAUUCCAACCAUCACCAUAUCACCUGAUGUUUGCCACACUCACUAGCGGACUAAACGGUUUACAACAAUAUGCUAACCCAGUGCAUAUGAAGCAUGUCAUGAGAACUGUUCGUUUGAUUGAUACGGUAAAGAUAGAGGAAAGCAAAGCAGCGGCAGCAAAUGCAAAGGACAGUGAUGCCACAAUACAACAACAAAUUGAUGAAGCAGCGGAUGCCAUGGAGGUUGAUCCAUCCACUAUUAACUUUGGUGAGCUCUUUGCAAUCCCAAAUGAGCAAGAUAUCAAUACCAUCCGCAGUCUACGUUCACAUAAAGUGCAUAUACCCGACGAACCAAGUCCAAUCAUUCUCUACAUGUUUGGCAUGCAGUUGACUGUUGGUAGAAGUUUUAGUGGAGCGUGCUUGUUGAUGAUGCGCGCAAACGCACUUGAAUCAAACGAUCCAAUCACUUUGCUUUCUCUGGCAGUGAAUAUAUUUAAUCGGGCAAUGAGCAGAAAAACAUCGAAUCGUCAUUUCCAAAUUCUACAGGGAUUCUACUUUUUGGACAAAUAUCGUAGAUUGCGUGGUAAAUGUCAAGAAACCGAGUUCAAUUUUGGCCGUGCGUUCCAUCUUCUUGGCUUGACACAUUUGGCAGUACCACACUAUGAGCGUGUGUUGGUCAUGCCACCAUCAUCAAAACAAGGCAAGGUCCCAGAAAAAAGCCUUGAUUCCAUAUACGAGUUUGAUGAUGACGCGGAAGAGGAUAGUAUGGAAGUGGAUGUUGACGAAGACGAUGAGGGAAGCGAUCUUCGGCGGGAAGCUGCAUACAAUCUUCAAUUGAUCUAUGUGACAAGCGGUUCACCUCAUUUAGCAAGGUUGUUACUCGCAAAGUACUGCUGGGUAUAGAGAGCUAUAUCCUACACACACAGCAGCAUCAUCACAUUUUUUUUACUAAAUCAUCCCUGUCACUGUAAUAACUAUAAUAUCAAUCACAUCGUUAUACUGUUGUUUUCCAUGAAUACAAUUCAAACCUUUUUUUUU